CACCACGUUGCUCGGAAUCCGUCCGUCGCCGCAAUAUUGCGCCGUGGUUUUCGUAAUUUCGUGUGUAGUAGUAGUACGGACCAGGGACAACUGCCGAGUGCAUUACUCUUGCUGCAGUCUGCUCUUGUGUACGUGAAUACGUGCAGUAAGAAGUUUUCGGUGUUUUCUCCGCUUACGAUCGAAUUUCUCCUCGACAGUCACUCGCUAGUGGUUUUUUUUCUAAUUUUAUAUUAUUUUAUUUGUUCCGUCCGUGGUUUGUCGCGACACGCACUAUACGCAUUUCAUGCGUUUUAUGCCUGUAGUAGUGGUGUUUCCCACCCAAAAAUAAUACAAUUAAUUUAAAGUAUUUAUAUCGUCAUAUAUUUUUAAUUUGUAUUUGACGCGGUUUCAAUAUUAUUAUGGCACGAGGCGACAGCGUGGACAAGGUUUUACACUCGUAUCAAAGUGGAUAUCAUACGAUAUGUUCAAGGUGAGGACUGUAUCGCUGGGGAGAAUUUUAACGUUUUCGACAGCCGUCUUAUACCUCGGUUAUCUUUGGUACAAGCGCAAGAGAACUUUGUCACAUCACCAGAGUGACAAGAAGAGACCCUGUUCUGAACCUUCAGAACUGACUAAAAUUGACGAUCAAGAAUUGUUUCGGGCAUUAGAAGAAGCCUCUUGUAUAUUAGAGGUAUCACAAGGUGUAGAAGAAAAACUGAUUGAGAGUUCUGUUAUUCAUAAAGAGACCAUGGAGCCAACUGUCAGUCAAAUAGAAGUGAAUGAAAAAGAAUUGUCUAUAGGUAACCAAGAAGUACAUGAAAUGGUUACAAAAGUUAUCACAAGUGAACAACAGGUGUGUUUAGAAUCUGAUAUCAUCACGAUAGAUUCUUUAACUGAAGAUUUGACUAAUUUGAAAUUAAGUACAGAAAUAGAAAAAGGAAAUGAUAUAGUUAUAAAUACUGAUGAUUCAACAAAUAUUCAUCAAGUAAUAGAAAAGAAGAAAGAAGAACUAGAAGAAUAUUCUAAAGAUAAGGCUUGUUGGACAGCAAUGAUAGAAAAAGAAGAUCACUGUGAAUGUCCAAAAGCAGUUCUUGUUAAAAAAGUUAAAAAAGAUGAAGAACCUAUGAUAUUUGAAGGAAUUAAAUUUAAAGGAAAAAAGAAAAAAGGCAGAAAAAAGAAUCAAACAAAAGAUAUUAUCAAGCUUCCUUCUGAAUCAAAUAGCAAAAAUAAAACUAAUAAUGUUGUUAAAUCUGUAAAGAAAAACCAAAUUGUAGAAGAAGAUUGUGAUUCAGCGCACAGUGUAGAUCAUAGUAUUGACACUAACGAUGCACCAAAUACAAUUUAUUCAGAUAUUAGGAGUGUUGGUUCUCAAGACAGUGGCAAAGGCGGUAGUUCUUUUUCUGGAGAACUACGUACAGUAUCUGAUUCUGAUGAGCAAACCAGUUAUGACUUUUUAGUUCCGAUUGAACUAGUGGGACCAAUUAUUGGUAAAAAAGGAGCAUUUGUUAAAUAUAUCAAAGAAAAAAGCAAUGUUAGGCUUUUUGUUGAAAACAAGACUGAAAGUCCAGAAGAUAAAUAUAAAAUGUGUACAUUAGUUGGAUCUGAAAUAAAUAUUAACAAAGCACUCAAGUUAAUUAGAACCAAGUUUCCUGAAAGAGCUUACCCAGAAUUUACUUUAGAAUGCAUUUCUUCAAUGUUGGAUGGUUCACCUGUUAUUUCUCAACUUUUUAAGUCGGAAUUAAUUGAAGGCGUUAAUAACCAUGUUAUUGUUACUGACCUAGUAGCUACAGAUCAUUUCUUUGUACAUAAUGCAUCAAGUCCAGAUUAUGCAAUGCUUUCUUCUUUGAAUUUUGCCAUGAACGAUACAUUUGGAAACAGCAAAGAAGAUAUUCCAGAAGUUGAUUUACGCACUGUUACCCAUGGUUCUGUAGUAGCCACCUUCAGCGAAGAUAAUUGGUACCGUGCCCAAGUAAUCGAUGUAGAUGAAAAGAAAUAUGAAUCUGCUAAUGUAUUCUUUUUGGAUUAUGGCGGUUGCAAAAAAAUUGAACAAUGUGAUAUGAGGCCAAUGCAUGACUCAUUAAUAUCAUUAAGCUUCCAAGCAAUUGAAUGUAGUUUAGCUAAUAUUGCUCCAAUUUAUGGCGAGUGGUGUGAAGAAUCCUUAAAAAUGUUUGAAACCCUGACUACUGGCAAAAUGUUGUUUGCGCAAGUCGUUUACAAGUCUGAUAGUAUACAAUAUGUUAAUUUAUUAGCUUUUGAUGGCUUAGUGACCAUUUCUAUCAACGAUGAACUGAUAAAGUAUGGAUUUGCUGUCUACGCUCCCCCGAGUGGUAUUUACCGAAAUGACACAACACCCGAACUUAACGAACCAACACACGCACCUGCAUAG